AUGGAAUCGGAGGAGCAGGGAAUGUCUUGGUUACUCCAACUGAAAGAGGACAUCAGGAAGAUACAGGAGGAGGGUAUCGGUGCACCUUUGAGUCCCAGCCAAUCCAUUGAUGACGACGCCGUAGACUGUGAUGAAGACGAGAACCAGAAGGACAUGGAUUGGUUAUCUAGCAAAAGGCUGGAGGGGGAACCCAUGAGUCCCAGCCAAUCCUUUGAUGACAUCGCUGCAGACUGCGAUGAAGAAUGGGAUGAGGAGGACAGGGAUUGGUUGCCUAGCAAAGGGCUGGAGGGUCUGAAGACAGUGAGUGCGGCCCCCUCUCUGUCCUCUCCUGGUAAUGCCUUACUAUCAGGGUCUGAAGACAGGUGUCUGCGGCUGGUCGACUGCAGGAAAACACCAGGGUUGAGUGGAACUGCUGGAGGAGAAGACGAGGAGGAGGAAGGAGACGAGGAGGAGGAAGGAGACGUGAUUCAUCAAAGAAAAAGACGUGGCUAUUGUGGGUCCUCUGGGGAGCCCCAACAACAACAUCAUCAUGAUGCUGAUGACCCAGACUGGAGUCUCACCGAAUCAAAACACGCCAACAAACAACCGCAGAGACUUACAGGGAAGAAACAUCACUACUGCUGCACUCAGUGUGGGAAGAGUUUAGCUGGUUCAGCGCAACUUAAAAUGCACCAGAGAAUCCACACAGGAGAGAAACCUUACCGCUGCCCACAGUGUGGAAAAAGUUUCAGUCUAAAAGGUAAUCUUAAAAUGCACCAGAAAACACAUACAGGGGAAAAAAUGCACCACUGCUCUGACUGCGGGAAAAGUUUUGCACAAAACUCAACUUUAAAAGCACACAAGCAAACACACAAGCAUGCCGUAGAAAGGCCUUACCAAUGUUCCUUCUGCGAGAAGACAUUUUGUAUUUUGGCAACCUUUAAUUUCCAUAUGAAAAUGCACACCGAAGAGAAACCGUUCCAAUGUUCUGACUGCGGAAUGCGGUUCAUUCAUUUCAGUUUACUGAAAGCACAUGAACAUAAACACAAGCCCUCCGCCGAAAGGCCCUUCCGCUGCUCUGAAUGCGGGGCGUGUUUUACUACAAAAGGUAAUCUUAAAUUUCACCAGCUGACGCACAACCGGGGAGAGAGACCUUACUGCUGCUCUGAGUGUGGGAACUGUUUCUCUCAUCCGGUGUAUCUGAAGAAUCACCAGAAAAGGCACAGUAAAGAGAAGUCUGUUGUCUGCGACCUGUGUGGAAAGACCUUCAACCAUCCUGACGACUUCAGAAUUCACAUGAAGAUACACCGAGGAGUGAAACUGUACAACUGCCCCGACUGCGGCAGCAGCUUCAUAUUCCGCCGCCGUUUAAUAACACACCAGCGUGUGCAUACUGGAGAGAUGCCUUAUGUCUGCAAUCACUGUGGGAGGAGGUUUUCGCUGUCUCGUACUCUGGUGAAUCACCAGCGAACGCACACCGGGGAAAAACCUUACCACUGUUCUUUCUGCGGGAAGAGCUUCAGUCGGUCACAAAACCUAGCUGCACACAAGAGAACUCAUACUGGAGAGAAGCCUCAUGCUUGUGAUCAGUGUGGGAAGAGGUUUUCCCGAACCGACGCACUGGCUGUACACAAGCGCACCCACACUGGAGAGAAGCUUUACAGCUGUGAUAUAUGCAGGGAGACAUUCACCUAUUUAGUAGCCAUGUUGAAACAUAAGAAAGGACAUGGACAUCUUGCCGAUGCACUCUAUGCUGAACAGCCUUAGAAUGAUCGAAGCUCUAUGAAUAGACUUUGUUGUCCAUUGUUUAACUUUUAGACAAAAGGGAUUUGUCUUUUUGCUUAUAAUCUACCCCUCUAGAGAGAGAGAUGGACACAAGCACACAUGGUGGCUGGUAGCCUAGCGGUUAGAGCUUAGGACCUGUAACCGAAAAGUCACUUGUUCUUAUCCUCGAGGCGACGAAGCAAAAAAAAAAAUGGCUGUGCCAUUGAGCAAGGCACCUAACCCUAAUUGCUCCUGGGUUGCCGUUGAUAAUGGCUGACCCUGGCCGUGACUCCACUCUCUCCGAUGGCGUCUCAGGGGGAGUUGGGAUAUGCAAAAAAUAAAUGACCAAUUCACACUUGUACAUGUGUGAAAUAAGGACAAUAUAAACAUCAAGUUAUUAUUAUUAUUAUUGUUGUUGCAGACACACACACACACACGGGUUGGGAGCAGAGGGUCCGUAGCUUUGUAUUUGAGGUUACUUAAGGUUACGUUUGCUCAGCCCCGUCCCACAGCUGCCAUUGGACUGAAACAUAAAGCCAGGAUUGUGGCUUUAAACUGCCUGAAAUUACAGGGUUGUGUACUUACAUUCAGUAUCUGACAGGGAGACCUAACCUCUGCUCUCCUAGUCCUGUGGUGGAGUUUCCCAUAGCUACAGAUUUAUAUAGGAUCAGCUUCUUCUCCACAAAUGCUACCCUUAAAGCCCCUGUCAGUCUUUGUAAUUUUACACUAUGAGGUCGAAAUAACACUCUGAAAUUGUGAAAAUUAUUAUAAUGCCCAUUUUGUGUGAGUGCAUUUAAUUUAUUUAUCAAAAUGUGUUUUGGGGCAGAAAUGCCUUCUGGAACAUGUGAA